AUGACCGACGCUACGACUUCUGGUAUCGACAAUGCGGACCUCCCAACAGUCGAAAUUACUACACUGCCUACGGCAAUGUCCGCUGCCGCUUUCCUGGGAAUUGCAUGGUACCUUUGCGCUGAACUCAACGUCCGCCUCAGUAUUCGGGCGUCGCGGCGUCGCAGCCUUUACUUUUGGGCCUGCCUUGUGUGUUCCUGGGGUAUAAUCAUCCAUUCCAUCACCAUCACUUUGAACGACUUCAAGGUCUGGGAAACUUAUGGCUCCAUCGUUAUCAUCCACCUCACAUGGUGUUCCUAUGUGGUUGCACAGUCGGUCGUGCUCUACUCGCGCCUGAACUUGGUCUUGAAGAGUGAACGAAUCGGUUACUACGUACUUUAUAUGAUCGUUGUCAACUCGUUCAUUUUCGGGCUCGGUACAGUUAUUUUCGGGCUGGUCGCUCGACACCCCGGAAUGAUCACAAAGCUCUCAAGAGCGAACAUUAUCUGGGAUAGAGUUCAGCUCGCCGCUUUCUUCGUCCAAGAGACAUUGAUCGGCCUACUCUACAUCCGCGAGACCGCGACACACCUCAAGAAUAUGACGCUCCUGGGCACCAAUCGCAAAACAACCCGCCGCCACCUCCGGCACUUGAUCUCUGUCAACAUCUUCAUCAUCAUCCUCGACUGCAGCUUGAUGGGCCUUUGCUACUCAGGGUUCUUCUUCCUACAAGGCUUUUACAAAGUCGCGGUGUACGCGAUCAAGUUGCGCACAGAGUUCACAAUCUUGAACCAGCUUCGGUCCUCCCUACCUGGCGCAUCCACACAUGGAUCAGAUUAUGUAUCUGGAAGCAGGCACCUGCCAAGGGCGAAUCAAGAUGCGCGUCAGCAAGGAAGUCAGGAUAGCGAUGUCGAGAUGUUCGCAAUGGCGUCGCAAAUAAGGGAGAUACGAGUACAAAAGGAUAUAGUCAUCUCUUCGACUAGGAGAGAAGACAGUGACAGCAUUGAAAGGGUACGUCCUUGA